AUGUCUUUCCAACAGCAAGUUUACGAUCCAGCCCAGCAAGGUGGCUACGAGCAGCAAAAUAACGGCAACGGCGUAAUGCCUCCUCCACCAAUGCAGCAACAACAGCAACAGCAACAGCAGCAGCAGCAAGGUGGUAUGCCUACUGGAGAUGGUGGAUCACCAGCUCCAUUUGCGCAACAAGGUGCCGGCGUCGAGGGUCCCUCUGGUAGCGUCACUGGAGACGCAAAGACCACUCUUUGGCAGGGCGAGCUUGAGCCAUGGAUUGAUGAGAAUUUUAUCCGCAGCGUCUGGUUCGGAAUGGGCGAGCAGGUCAAUGUGAAGAUGAUCCGCGACAAAUUCUCCGGAAAUGCAGGCUAUUGCUUCAUCGACUUUUCUUCUCCCGCAGCAGCUGCAAAGGCCUUAUCCUUGAACGGCACCAUGAUUCCAAACACCAGCCGACCAUUCAAGCUCAACUGGGCUUCAGGUGGUGGUCUUGCUGAUCGUCGUGACGACCGUGGCCCGGAAUUUUCCAUCUUUGUUGGUGAUCUUGGCCCAGAGGUCAACGAAUACGUCUUGGUCUCCCUUUUCCAGGCCAGAUUCCCAUCUUGCAAGUCAGCCAAGAUUAUGACCGACCCAAUCUCUGGAAUGUCUCGCGGCUAUGGCUUCGUCCGUUUCGCCGAAGAGGGAGACCAACAACGCGCUCUAACUGAAAUGCAAGGCGUUUAUUGCGGUAAUAGACCCAUGCGUAUCAGCACUGCCACGCCUAAGAAUAAAUCCGGAGGUACUGGACCAGCAGGCAUGCAGAUGCAAGGUGGUGGUGGUGGUGGUGGUGGUGGUAUGCCCGGAGCUAUGGGAGGAGCUCCAGGUAUGUAUGGAAUGGGUGGUGGUCCACCUAUGGCAGGAUAUUACGGCACUCCUCAGCCAAUGAACCAGUUCACUGAUCCAAAUAAUACCACUGUAUUUGUUGGUGGUUUGUCUGGAUAUGUGACAGAAGAUGAGCUCCGAUCCUUCUUCCAAGGCUUUGGCGAAAUCACCUACGUCAAGAUCCCACCUGGAAAGGGCUGCGGAUUUGUUCAAUUUGUUCAACGUCACGCUGCCGAAAUGGCCAUCAACCAGAUGCAGGGCUACCCCAUUGGUAAUUCUCGUGUCCGCUUAUCCUGGGGACGAUCCCAAAACAACUCUGGGCCAGCUGGCACCCCUUACAGACCCGCCCCUCCACCUCCUCACUAUCAGCAGAUGGGUAUGCCACAACCGCAUAACCCUUACGGAGGUUUUCAACCAGUACAGGUAAGUUUCACCCAUCUUCAAUCCACUUUCAAAGCUGACAAUCUGCAAGCUGCUCAGAAUCAGCCACAGGGCAACGGUUUCAACGCUGCAUACCAGCAGCAUCAACAGCAACAACAACCAUCUGGCGGUCAGAAUGCUAAUGGUGGCUUUAACAAUCAAGCACCAUAUUCCUAA